AAAGGACUAUUCUAAGUUUUGGUUGAGAGAGCAAUAUGGCACAAGGUGUUCUUCUCGAAUAGCGAAGAUUCAUGUGUUUUUAUAUUUUAGUACCUCGCUUGGUUGAGUGGCAUAAUUCUUUGUUGAUCAAACACUUUUUGCUUGCUUUGCUAGGUACUAAAAAAGGCAAGGAUGAAGGCUUCCGUGGUAGCAUAGACACAAAUAGGGUUGCACCCAAUGAGUCUAAGUUGGAGGUAGGUGAUGUUGUGAAAAGGUCUAUUUCCAACAAAAGCAAAAUGGAUGUUGACAAGACAGCCAUAAGUGCAGCAAAGAAGGUUGCUAGUCCCAAUGGAGCUGGGCAUAGUGGCCAACCAUCUUCGGCUCUAGCUGAGUCAAGUAAGGCUGAUGACUCAGCUUUGAGGCUACUCAAUAACUUAAAUGAGAUGGAUAGAGAUGUAUCGUUGGCUCGAUUUGGCAUGGCCAUGGGAUAUAUAGAGGUAACCCCUUUCGCCAAAAUGAAUGAAGACUUCUUUUAUUUGUGUAGGGAUGCCAUUGAUGAUGUUGAGAGCAUAAACUUCAAAGUUGGCCCUAUUCAAGCAUAUCUAUUAAAUCUGGAGAAGGCAUACCUUGGCAAGGUUGAGUUCAGCAUGGCUGGAUGUGACACGGUUGGAGACUUGGACAAGUGGAUUGAGCAGAUGAAGCAUGUCAAAGAGAUGGAAAAGUCCUUGGCUAAGAUGAAGGAACUCAUUCUUAAGUUGGAAGAAAGAUUGAUGUCAAUCAAGGCAUACCUGCAAUCACUUAACCAAGAAAAUGAGUGCCUGAGUUCCAACAAUAUGAUUGAACUUUGCCAGACUUGCAUCAAGACUGCCAAGACUUUUAGAGACAAGCUGAGUCCUUUCCGGCAAUCAGCAGCCAUAUAUCCUAGCCUUCUCUUCGUCUUUUAUUUUGCUUCCUUCAUAGUGUGUUGACUAUUGGCAACAUUACCAUGAUGUAACCCUCUUAUUGUGUUUGUCUUAGGUUGAACAUCUUUAUAUCUAGCAAAGUUUGGACUAUGUUCCUUGUUUGGUUGCUUACUUGUGGCUUUCUAUUGUGCCAAGUAUGGCACUUGGACAAAUAUGUUUAUGCUAUUUACACAUGAUGAAAAAGGGAUCAGGGAGGUUGCCUUAUUUUAUAAUCAUUUUGCUUGUUGCACUUUCUUCUUUUCUUUUCCUUUUCUCUCUCUCUUUUUUUUUUUUUAAUCAAUGCUCCAUAUCCUU